AUGGACAUCAUGUGUAAAGGGAUGAAAGAGCUGAAGGUUUUAGCAUUGGUAGACGUGUGUGGGAUAUCAGCCUUGCCAAGUUCACUAGGAGUACUAAAGGGCCUUCGAACCUUGUCCCUAAAUGGUUGUCCGUAUUUAACAGAUAUAUCUGAUGUUAUUGGAAGAUUGGAAAAUUUAGAGAUCCUCAGCUUUCGUGAAUGCUUUGAAAUCUUAGAGUUGCCGAGGGAAAUUGGACUUCUUAAACAUUUAAGGUUGUUAGAUAUCACGGAUUGUUAUCGUCUGAAGAAGAUUCCACAUGGUCUCUUAUCGAGCUUAUCUAGUCUUGAAGAGUUGUAUAUGGAAAAUAGUUUUCUCAAAUGGGAACAAUCAGCAGCAGAAAGCGAAGAUAAGAGGAUGGCAAGCCUUGUUGAGUUGAUGUCUUUGUCUAAUCAUUUGAAGGCUUUAGUCAUAGAUAUACCCGAUUUCAACUUCUUUCCGAAAGACUUUUACUUGACAACGAUAAGAUUCCACAUAUCCAAUAGAGACUAUGUACCAUGGAAUGUUAAAUUUGGACCAUCAACAAUUUAUGCAUUCGAAAAUAAGUUGGAGAUUUUUCAAAGUGAUGCAACAGAAUUCAUGGAGAUUCAAAGUGUUCGACUCUUAUUUAAGAAAUGUGAAGAUUUAUUCUUGAAAAGGAUUAAGAAUUUAAAGUAUGUGCAGACCACAAAUAAAUAA